AUGGCGAAGAAGCGCAAAGCAUCCGCGCAAAAAGCGCACACCGGCCCCAAGGAGCUUGACCCCGCCGACGCCCGUCUCGGUCCUAUCACCACCUACGAAGAUGUUGCCGAUUCGGAGGAGGAGUACUUCUUGAACCGGGACAAGAUCAUGUUCGACGAGGGCCCCAAGUCCAAGAGGAGAAAGAGGGCCGAGGAGGAGGAAAAGUUCCUGGACAACUCGGAAGAGGAGAUCCUCGACCUCGACGACGGCGACGAUUCCGACGAAGAAGACACCAGGAAAGCGCCCAGCAAGAAAUCCAAGAAGGCCAAGGCUGGAGCCGAGUCCGACGAGGAGGGCGAGGGGGAAGGAGACGAAGCUGACCCGACCUGGUGGGGUUCUUCUAAAAAGGAGUACUACGAUGCCGACCAGAUCGAGACCGAGGCCGAUGCCCUCGAGGAAGAGGCCGAGGCCAAGCGCCUGCAGCAGAAGAAGCUGGCCAAGAUGUCCGAGGAGGAUUUCUUGUUCGACGAGGGCGAAUGGCUGGCCACGAAGCCUGACGAGGCGGAAGACCAGGACGUCGUCACCGAGGUCCUCAAGGAUGUCGAGGUCACGGACGACGUGGGCCCGGAAGAGCGCGUCAAGAUUCUUCAGAGCAGAUACCCCGAGUUUGAGCAUCUCAUCAACGAGUUCCAGGAACUGCAGCCGCAGCUGUCCGUCCUGCAGAAGGACGCCCACGGCAAGUCGAGCCAGUCACUAGAGGCAGUCAAGUACUGGAUCCUCGGCUGCUACGUCGCUGCCCUCGCCAGCUACUUCGCCAUUCUCACAUCCCCGGCGCGGGACGAUUCAUCAACCAAAAAGACUCUGGACCCCGCCGAACUGCGCGAUCACGACGUCAUGGAGACGUUGCUGGAGUGUCGUGAGGCGUGGCAACAGGUCAAGAGCGCGAAGCCGUUCCUCCCUGACGAUUCCAUGGAUGACUCGUCUGCCGAGGAGGAGAUCAGUGCCGUGGACGACGUCGACGAGGCCGCGUUCGCCGCAGCCAAGGCGGAGCUCAAGAAGCAGAGGAAGCUGGACAAGGCCGCCAAGGCGAAGAACAAGCAGGCCCAGAAGCAGGCACAGGCAGUCGAAGAGUCCCUCGCGGAUCUCGACGACCUGCUCAAGCAGUCCAAGAAGAGCAGCAGCUCGAAGAAGGCCGCCGCCAAGGCCGCCGAAGACGGCGACAACUCCGACUUUGGCGAAGAGGAGGCCCUCGACGCCCGGGCGGCCGCCGAAAAGGCAGCCCGCAAGAAGAGUCUGCGCUUCUACACCUCGCAGAUUGUCCAGAAAGCCAACAAGCGCGCCGACGCCGGCCGCGACGCUGGCGGCGACGUGGACAUCCCGUACCGCGAGCGUCUCAGGGACCGUCAGGCGCGUCUCAACCGCGAGGCUGAACGACGCGGUCAAAAGUUCGGUGCCGACCUCGGCGACGACUCCGGCAGCGAGGGCGACGACUCCAGGACGGCGGCGGGCGUGCGCGAGGAGGGCGACGACGAGUACUACGACAUGGUGUCGGCAUCCUCCAAGAAGAAGAAGGCGGAGAAGGAGGCGCUGUAUGACGCGCUCGCGGCGGCCAGCAAGGCGGACCGCAUCGUCCCGCAGGAGGUUGUCGGUGAGGACGGCAAGCGCAAGAUCACGUACGCCAUCGAGAAGAACAAGGGCCUGACACCAAAGCGCAAGAAGGAGGUGCGCAACCCGCGCGUCAAGAAGAGGAUGAAGUACGAGGAGAAGCAGAAGAAGUUGAGGAGCAUGAAGGCCGUCUGGAAGGGCGGCGAACCCCAGGGCGGAUACGGGGGUGAGAUGUCUGGUAUCACGACGAAUAUUGUUAGAGCGAGGAAAUUGUAG